AUGAGUUAUUUGAGCAAUAUGAAUAACAUGAAUAACAGCACACAACAAUAUAACAACGAGAACAGCGAGAGUCCUUAUGGGGAGGCAAGAAUGAGUGAGCAAUGUUCAUAUCAAAUGAAUAGUCCAUAUAACCCAGCACCAUCGAUACCUAUUAAAUUGUUUGUAAGUUCAAUACCUAAAAAUUUAACAGAAGAAGAUAUAAAAUCUAUUUUUCAGGAAUAUGGAAAUAUACAGGAUGUUGUAUUCAUAAAGGAUAAGAAGCCUAAUGUGAAUAGGUCAAAUGUGUUUGUUCGUAUGGAAUCAAUAUUUUAUGGUCAAAAGGCUAUAAAGGAUUUACAUGGAAAGAGAACUUUAUGUGAAACCUUAGGGCCAUUGAUUGUUAAGUUUGCUAUAGGAGAAUUAGAAAAGUAUGGUGUGAAUAUGAAUAAUGCUAAUGAAAAUGAAGCCAAAUUAUUUGUGGGUUCAUUACCAAAAGAAAUAACAGAAGAAGAAUUAAGAGAAUUAUUUAAUAGAUAUGGAAAUGUUACAGAGGUAUAUAUCAUGAAGAAUAGUAAUGGUAUAAGUAAAAGAUGUGCAUUUGUUAAUUAUGCAUAUAAAGAACAAGGUAUUUUUGCUAUACAAAAUAUGAAUGGGAAAAUAGCUACAGAAAAUGCAGAGAAACCAAUUGAAGUUCGAUUUGCAGAAACAAAAAAUCAGUUACAGGAAAAGCAUUUGUUUAAUAGAUCUUUAAUGAAUCCAUUAAAUAAUAAUAUGAAUAAUAUGAAUAAUAUGGACAAUAUGGACAAUAUGGAUAAUUUUGACAAUAAUAACAAUAAUAAUAAUAAUAAUAAUAAUAAUAGUUCCUAUAUGCAGUCUCAGGCAUUUAAAAAUAUGAAUAUGGAUAAUUUUAAUAGAUAUUCAAUGAAUAUGAAUUUUAACAUGCAAAAUAAUAGCAAUAACCAAAGAAAUAACAAUAACAAUAAUAAUGAUAAUAAUAAUAAUAAUAAUAAUAUUAAUAAUAACAAUAGUAAUGGUAACAAUAAUAAUAAUAAUAAUAAUAGUAGUAGUAGUAAUAAUAAUUCACCUUGGAAACAAUAUUAUUCCAAAGAAGAAGGUAGACCAUAUUAUCAUAAUGAAAUUACAGGAGAAACACAAUGGCAAAAACCUAGAAAAAUCGAACAAAAUUUUAUUAACCCUAUUAAUAUGAAUGAAAUCACAGGUCCUGUAGGUGCGAAUAUUUUUAUUUUCCAUAUACCAAAUGAAUGGAUACAAACCGAUUUAUUAUCUGCAUUCUCUCCUUUUGGUAAUAUUAUAUCAGCCCAUAUUGCCACAGAAAGGGAUACAGGAAGGAACAGAGGAUUUGCAUUCGUAUCUUAUGAUAAUGUUGAUAGUGCUAUCAAUGCUGUUAAAUAUAUGAAUGGUUUCUUAGCUCAUAAAAAGAAAUUAAAAGUUACCAUUAAAAAAGGAGAAGAACAAUAUGUACAAGCAUUAAUAAAUCAAAGAAAUAAAUUAAAUAGUAAUGAUGCAAGAAGAAAUUUUAUGGAGAAUACAACGAACACAUAA